CAUAAAAGCCUCCCCCCACAACACCGCCCUUUUCAAAUCUCUCUGUCUCCAAUAUGGCUCUUUGCAUCACCAAGCUCAUCAUCUUCUCUCUCCUCUGCACUUCCGCCAUUCUCUUCACUGCAAAUUCUCACACUUUCUCAAGAAGCUUGCUUCCGGAAGAGCUUGGCCUCAGGAAGGAGAAGCUGAGCCACCUGCACUUCUACUUCCACGACAUUGUGAGCGGGCGCAACCCGACCGCUGUGCGCGUCGCCGAGGCCCAGAUGACCAACACGUCCACCACGCUCUUCGGCGCUGUGGUCAUGAUCGACGACCCACUGACCGAGGGCCCCGAGAUGAGCUCCAAGGAGGUCGGGCGGGCCCAGGGGAUCUACGCACUGGCUUCGCAGCACGACGUUGGGCUCCUCAUGGUGCAGAACUAUGUCUUCACCGAAGGGAAGUACAACGGGAGCACGCUCAGCGUCCUCGGCCGGAACGCAGUGUUCUCUGAGGUGAGGGAGAUGCCGAUUGUCGGCGGGAGCAGGCUCUUCCGGUUUGCGCGCGGGUACGCUCAGGCGAGGACGCACUGGCUCGACCUCCAGACCGGCGAUGCGGUCGUGGAGUACAACGUCUACGUCUUCCAUUAUUGACCAUGUUCAGGAGCUGUCGCCGAAGGAGGGCAUUCUAGCAAAAGAAGUCCUUCGGUCUAAUUCCAUGGCCGUAUUCUCUGUUUGCCUCUUUAAGCUUUAUCUAUUAAUUAUUUCCGGUAUUAGAGAGAUUCCUUGCACCGUUGAUUGUACUUUUUGAAGACCACGGAGUAAUCACGACCACGUUCUC